UUCACAGGCUCCUAGCACAAGCCAGCACAACAUGGCAGCCAUGACAAUCACCACCUCGAGCUUCCUCAAGACCUCAUUCCCUGGCGUUUGCAUUCCGGCAGCCACUCGCACCCCCUCCUGUGCCGCCACCCGGCGCACCGGGGCCAUCUGCAACUCCAUCUCCUCCUGCACCCCUCCCUAUGAUCUCAGUUCCUUCAAGUUCAGCCCCAUGAAAGAAUCUGUCGCCUCCCGUGAGAUGAUCCGUCGGUACAUGACCGACAUGAUCGCCGAUGUCAACACCGAUGUCAUCAUCAUCGGAACUGGCAGCGCGGGACUGUCCUGCGCCUACGAGCUCUCCAAGGACCCGUCUGUUAACAUCGCCAUCAUCCAACGGUCCGUUUCCCCUGGCGGCAGCGGCUGGCUCGGCAGCCAGCUCUUCUCCGCCAUGGUCGUGCGCAAGCCGGCGCACCUCUUCCUCGAUGAACUCAACAUCGAGUACGACGAGCAGGAGGACUACGUGGUCAUCAAGCAUGCUGCGCUCUUCACCUCCACCGUGCUGAGCCGCCUCCUCGCGCGGCCCAACGUGAAGCUCUUUAACGGCGUCGUCGUGGAAGACUUGGUUGUCAAAGAGCAUCGCGUCACCGGUGUGGUCACCAACUGGGCGCUCGUGUCGAUGAACCAGGACACACACUCACAAACACAAUCACACAUGGACGCCAACGUCAUGGAAGCCAAGAUCGUAGUAAGCUCAUGUGGCCACGAGGGGCUAUUCAGUGCCAACGGAAAGGGAGUCAAACGGCUCGAGGACAUCGGAAUGAUCAAGACGGUGCCCCGAACCGGAAUGGAAGCGCUUGACACGAACGUAUCCGAGGAUGCAAUUGUUGGCUUAACCCGCGAGGUCGUCCCCGGCAUGAUCGUCGCUGGCAUUGAGGUUGCCGAGAUCGACGGGCCCCAGAGGAUGUGCCCAACGUUCGGCGCCACGAUUAUCUCCGGCCAGAAGGCAGCGCACCUGGCACUCAAGGCGCUCGGCCGUCCGAACGGCAUCGACUCGGAGACGGUCCCAGCGUGAGGACCAGCGGCGACACCAUGGACGCCUGGACGACGGAGGUGACACCAAAGCGUCCGCUGGUGUUUGAUGGAACAGAGGAGACUUUGGACGAAGACUUUAUAUAUGUCAUCUGUCUACUUGUGUUUAAUCCCCUUGUUCAUCUCUAAUACUACUAGUAGCAGCGUCUUGUUCAUAGCACUGCCGCCGUGUGCCCUUCCCCGUGACGGCAACUCCAUGGAUCCUCCUGGAACAAGAUGACAGAAUAAAAUGGUUGGGCUUCCUA